AUGGCCACCAGCUCCAAGUUUGCUCCUGCUGCUCGACCGCUGCUGCGAGGGCAGCUUUCAUCCCGGCCUGCGAACGGGCACGUUGCCUUCAUUCCACAGGAACUCGCUCGCGCAAACCCUCACGUCGAGUUCGUGGUAAAGCAACGGACACAGAGGGAGCCCAUCAUUCGAGGAUUCUAUCUUAAUGACCGAGAUAAAGUCAUCCCGCUGAAGGAUUUCGAAGUCACCGGUAUCCAGCAGAAAGUGAAACUUCUGCUCGACUCGUCAGGCGCGAAGAUCAAACCGCUCAAGAGACGCACUGUCGAGAGUACGACAGAGGCAGCGAGGGGCAUCUGGAGCGGUCUUCAUGACCAACCCUUCAAAAUAUAA